AUGACCGCAGAAACAGACGCAUCGUUGCCGUGGGUCAUUGACGUGCCCCGUUUCGCGUACAAACACAGCAAAAGCUGGGGCGCCCUCGGAUACAGCCUGCAAUUUGUGGCCAUCCGCCAACGCGACCAGAAACGAUGGCAUGUCCGCGUUGUCGUCGAGUGCCGUCUCCUACCGACGCAGACCACGCGUGAGCGCGUCGUAGCACUGAAAGAGCUAUGCCACGCUAUUGAUUUCGGCACGUUGGAUCUACUGGACGAUACACUCACCGAGGUAUUCAUUCACGUCGAGGAUCCUUGUCAGGACUCAGGUGGUUGUCCGUUCGUGUACCGUUCGCUCCCCGACGGUAACCCGUUUAAUCCCGAUGACGCGGCGGUCGUGGUAGAGACGUGUGAAGAUCCUACGCGGUUUUUGUUCCCGGUGUUAAACGGUAACACGGCGACGACGACGUCAACACGUCCAACGACACGACGCGUUACGUGGGACCACCUUCAAGUGGUUGAGGACUCCUUAGCGUUGGCCACACAUACGGUCCGACUGUUCGGCGAGGAACAGUUGUACGUGCUUAAGUCUAUCGACCGUGGGAUCUAUAUUCCCCAAGACACGCCAGCGUUGGAAAGUGAGCUCCACGUUCUCGAACGAGUGGGUGGCCGCGACCACAUUGCCCGGCUCGUCGCCGUAGUGGUCUCGGAGAAUCCCUACAGUAGUACGCCGACACGAACGACGGACACGGUGGACACGGUGGAUACGACGGACUUGGUAAACGGGGCCAGUCAAACGACACACUACACUGUUUUACGUGGACUCCUCCUCGAAUACUAUCCGGGCGGUACAUUAGAAACCGUACUGAAGACAAAGUCCGACACCGAGAGGCCCUGGGUUCGGUGGGCAUCGCAGUUGUGCACCGCCGUGGCGGCAAUGCACGUACAUAACUUUACGCACAUGGACAUUAAGACGUCCAACAUGGUCAUUGAUGACAAGGACAAUUUGGUCUUGAUUGAUGUUGGUGGCGCAGGUGGAUAUACACGGGGAUGGCUUUCGCCGCACAUGGAGUCCUUGGAAAAACAUGGGGAACCUUUGGAUGCGCCUCUGGCGGACAGGAAAGAGAACGACAUGUGGGCUGUCGGCAAAACGUUGCUUCUCAUGGCGACAGGCGACGAAAAGCACGGCCAAGCCGUCCAGGCGGAAGCACGCAAGUUCAUGGCUGACCCGCCCCUCGUCACCCUGCACCAAACGGCGGCGGCACUCGAACAUCUGCCCGAACAAGAAACUAAGUAA